AUGAGCCGAUUCAGGCGAUUUGAGCUCAUUGAACACCCAUUCCCUCUAUGCUACUCCUCACCCUUUCAAACCCUAACUUUCCCUUCCUUUCUCGAACAAUCUCUUGACCUCGAUCUCGACCUGUUGCUAGUUCCGGGCCACUUCGACGCCGUCGCGGAUCUGCUUCACGCGCCGUCGUUGGCCUACCAGCGCGUGGCGAGGCAGCUCGAGACUGAGUUGCGCUUGCAGAGCCUCAACGACCGCGUGGCGGAGUUGGAGUCGCGGUUUGACCGUCUGCUAGGCGGCGAUCGGAAGUACACGUGGACGGCGGAGAUCAAGGGAGCGGAGAAGAAUGGGUUUGACAGGAAGUACAAGUGGGUUGCGGAGAUCGUUGAGGAAGAAAAGAAGAAGCAGGUGAAGAAAGUGGUGAAGGAUAAGAAUGUGACAUGGACGAUUCAGCUGGAGAGUGAGGGUGAGGAGGGAGAGAAGAAGAAGUUGGUGAAGGGUGUUGCGAAGAACGUGAAAUGGACGGCUGAGAUCAAGGGAAAAGGGGAGAACAGUGGGAGCUCUAGGAAGUACACGUUUCAGGUAGAAAGUGGAGAUGCUGAGAAGAAGGAGAAGGUGAAGGAGAAGGAGAAGGAAAAGGAGAAGAAGAAGGGAAAUGGAUUGCGCAUUGUGGAGAUUCACGAGCCAAGUAAUCAUAGAGAUGUUGUUUUGAGACAGGCAUUUGCCAAGAGGUUUGGAGCUGUUCAAAAUAAUAGGGGUAAAAAGAAGGACUUGUCUCCUCAAGAUGCUGCUUUGUUGAUCCAGAUCAGUUUUAGAGCUUACUUGAUCCGCAGGUCAAAGGCUCUUCGCGCCCUUAGAGAACUGGCUGUUGCAAAAUCUAAAUUAAAGGAAAUCAGAGCCCAGUUCAAUAACUUUUCCUACCGACGUCAUGUAGCUCAUGAUGCAGAGGAGCGCCAGCGGUUUUCUGAGAAAAUCAUCGUCUUGCUCCUCACUGUUGAUGCCAUUGAGGGAGCUGAUAUUAUGGUAAGAUCAGCGAAGAGGUCAAUGGUGGAUGAGCUAGAAGCAAUGCUUGAUGUGGUAGAUCCCCAGCCUGGUAGAAGAUCAGCAUCACUCUCAUUCAAAAGAAGGACAUUUGAUAUGCCUGAUGGAGUCAUCCGGAAGGAAAUUGAAGAAGGGGUUGCACAGGUUGUGCAAAUGCUUGAAGAAGCAGAGAAUAGCAGCAACACCUUUGGAGCAUAA